ACCGUUAGAUUAUUGGGAAAAUAAGCGUAUUUGGUGAAACUUUUAAACGAUCUAUUUAUAAAAUUGAUUAUUGCGGAAGCUUUAAUUAUUUUCAAAUAUAAGACAUUUCAUAGAUGAAAUUUUUAUCCAAUCAACGAAGGAUAAAACCAAGCUAUAUUGAGAGCAGUUGAGAGAAUCGUAGAAGGCCACUAGGAUACUGAAGCCAAUCAUCGUACAAAUCUCAAGACGCUCGAAAGAACUAACUGCUACAUAUCUAGUGUCGGUUGUCUUCCUACCUUUUGACAUCUCUGUCUUAUCAUUGUGUAGGUCAUAUGAUUCAGCCUUCUGCCAUUCAACGGUGUAUGUUCUUAUUCGUAACGAAUUACGAAUAUCGCCCUUAUCGAAGAUUUACACGCGCGCGAUAUAUGUGCACUUGAAUCAGGCUAAUAUAAUUUAUAUUUAACACUGUUUCCAAUCAUCGACCAAGCAUGUCAUUUUUUGGAGUCAAUGUAAAUCCCUUUUCAACGCCAGUGGGCCAAAAAAUUGAGCAAGCUACAGAUGGUGGUUUGCCUAGUGAAAAUUGGGCACUCAAUAUAGAAAUAUGUGAUAUUAUAAAUGAAACAGAAGAUGGACCUAGAGAUGCUAUUAAAGCAAUUAAGCGCAGGCUUAAUCAAGCCGCUGGCAAAAAUUAUACUAUAGUAAUGUAUACUCUUACUGUAUUAGAAACCUGUGUGAAAAAUUGUGGAAAACGUUUUCAUGCUCUUGCUUGUUCGCGAGAAUUUGUACAAGAAUUGGUUAAGUUAAUUGGACCGAAAAAUGAACCACCAACUGCUGUGCAGGAAAAAAUUUUGAAUCUUGUUCAAACAUGGGCAGAUACAUUCUGUCAUCAACCACAUACUCAAGGAGUUGUACAAGUCUAUCAAGAAUUAAAAGCAAAAGGCAUACUAUUUCCAAUGACUGAUUUGGAUGCAAUGGCACCUAUCAUUACCCCUCAAAGAAGUGUACCUGAAAUAGAACAAAUCUCAGGAAAUUUGCCUAUAAAUGAUCAACAUAUUUCCAACUCUACAGUGAUACAACAACAAUCCCAAUUACAAUCAUCUAGUCAGUUAACACAAUUGAAUGAGCAACAGUUAGCAAAAUUACAAAGUGAACUGGAUGUUGUGCAAGGCAAUAUGCGUGUUUUAUCAGAAAUGUUAACAUAUUUGACAGAUCAAACUUCCACUCAACCACCAGAUUCUGCUGAUCUUGAAUUAUUGACAGAAUUGCAUGCAACAUGUAAAGCAAUGCAAGAACGUGUGGUAGAUUUAAUUGGAAAACUGGCUAAUGAUGAGAUGACAGCUGAAUUAUUGCGUAUAAAUGAUGAAUUAAAUAACCUGUUCUUGCGUUAUUCAAGAUAUACAAAAAAUAAAGCUGUACCUGCAAGUACCAUAUUAGCUCAAACAAUAGGUCAACCACCAAAUAUUGAUUUGAGUGCAGAAUCAAUAAAAAAAGAGGCAGAUUCACUUAUAGAUUUAUCAGAUGAAAUUGAUACUGUACAAAAGCAGGUGGCAGGAAUGGAUAUAUCUGAAUCUGAUGAUAAUCUUAGGGUAGAAAAAAGAGAAAAGAAAGGAGGAGAUAGUGAUGAAUUUGAUAUGUUUGCACAGUCUCGUAAUGCAACAUAUGAGACAACAAAAAACAGCGGUAGCAAAUAUGAAGACAAUAUGGAACAGGUGAGCGGAGGAAGUCUAAGUUCAGCAAUUCUCAAUCGUAACAAUCCUAAGUAUUCCCAUCAAACUGCUUCUACUACUGCUACUACUACUACUAUUACUACUACUACUACUACUACUACUACUGCUGCUGCUGUUGCUGCUGCUGCUGCUGCUACUACUACUACUACUCUCAACCGGGAAUCAGAAUUCAAUGAAAUGGCAGCUUGGCUUAAUCAUACGCCCGCUGUACAAGGUGACCAAGAAUCUUUAACAUCAUCAGAGUUCGAACGUUUUUUAGCAGAGCGAGCAGCUGCUGCUGAAGCUCUCCCUACACUUUCAACUACAACAACUCCAUCAAGUACUUCAAACUCUGGAAAUCCAAACAUACAACGUCAAAUCAAUAAAGAUCAAGAUAAAUCUUUAUUUGCUCUGUAAAUGUUGCUGUCGAAUCUCUUUUAAAGCAGGUGAUAAAAGACAACACAGCUAUAUACUAAUUAAUGCCUCUACCUGCAUCUGUUAUAUUAAUGUUCAUAUUAAUUUAAUCAAUUAAACGCAAAAAACAAA